AUGGGAACUUCGAGUGCAAAUGACAUGGACGUGGUCGUGGACGUGGACGUGGACGUGGACAUGGACAUGGACAUGUACGUGGACAUGGACGUAGACGUGGACAUGGACGUGGACGUGGACAUGGACGUGGACAUGGACGUAGACGUGGACCUGGACGUGGACGUGGACGUGGACGUGGACGUGGACGUGGACGUGGUCGUGGACGUGGACGUGGACGUGGACGGGGACAUGGACAUGGACGGGGACGUGGACGUGGACGUGGACGUGGACGUGGACGCGGACGUGGACGCGGACCUGGACGUGGACGUGGACGUGGACGUGGACGUGGACCUGGACGCGGACAUGGACGUGGACAUGGACGUAGACGUGGACGUGGACGUGGACGCGGACGUGGAUGUGGACGUGGUCGUGGACGCGGACGUGGACAUGGACGACUUGGACGUGGACAUGGACGUGGACGUGGACGUGGACAUGGACGUGGACGUGGACAUGGACGUGGACGUGGACGUGGACAUGGACGUGGACGUGGACAUGGACGUGGACGUGGACGUCGACGUGGACACGGACGUGGACGUGGACGUGGACAUGGAAGUGGACGUGGACGUGGACGUGGAGGUGGACGUGGACGUGGAGGUGGACGUGGACGUGGACGUGGACGUGGACGUGGACGUGGACGUGGUCGUGGACGUGGACGUGGACAUGGACGUGGUCGUGGACGUGGACAUGGACGUGGACGUGGACGUGGACAUGGACGUGGACGUGGACAUGGUCGUGGACGUGGACGUGGACGUGGACGUGGACGUGGACGUGGCGAUGGACGUGGACGUGGUCGGGGGCGGGGACGUGAACGUAGACGUGGACGUGGACAAGGACGUGGACAUGGACGUGGACGUGGACGUGGACGUGGACAUAGACAUGGAGGUGGACGUGACGUGGACGUGGACGUGGACGUGGACGUGGACGUGA